GUCUUGAUUUGUUUCGGCAAUCAUUCUGAGCAUUUCCCGUGUCUGGUUUCGAUUCUGUUUCUGUAUUCUGGUUUCUCUGAUUGUUUGCUGCCUGCCCCGACCUACUGCCUGUUUUGCCGUUACCGAUUUCUGUCUGCCCUCUGAUAUUGUGUUUACCGGCUUUGACCCUGCCUGUCUGAUUCUGAGUGUGGAUUUAUUAAAACAGCUGCACAUGGAUCCCCAGCCUUAUGACUCCUCAUUACAGUGGCCAGUUAUUUAAAAGGAGCCAUCUGUGGUUCCGGAGGUUUUCCUUCAGUUAGCUAGUUCCCUCUCUCUCUCUUUCUUUCUAUAUACAGUAUAUACAUACAUACACACACAGUGGUUCCUGCUUCCUGAUUCCUCCUCCUCCUCUCUCUCUCUCUCUCUCUCUGUCUCUCUCUCUCUCUCUCCCUCCAUGUAGAUAUUCAAAAGAAAAUAACAGGAUGUAAAUAAAAGGAUGUUUUUAUCACAAGUUGUUUGAGUGUUUCUCAACUACCUGCAAGACAAAGACAGACUGUUUCAGCUACAAAGGGGAAGAAAACUUGCAGAAAACAUUUGCAACACAUUUUUACCACACACCUUGCAAUGUACCGUAGAAGUGAAGGAGCUUAGUCUCUCUGAGCUGAACAUCGGAUGUGAACAUCGCUUAAUGAUGGUUGUGUGGAUUAUGUCACUGAGAUUAACUCCUUCCCUUUCUCUGCUAUUUCUGCUCCUGAUUUCAGGUGUUGUUACUCAAAAUGACUGGAGUGUGAAAUACACACAAAACUAUAUCUGUGCUGUAAGGGGAUCUACAGUGACCAUGGGCUGCAGUUACAUAUAUAACUCCAUUAAUUCAACCAAUUCCACAUUUCACAGAGCUUUUUGGUUUGAUAAUUGUUUGACAUAUGCUGACCUGUCUACAGAUGCACGGUACAGAAAAAGGGUUCAGUAUCUCAGAGACACUCCACAUGACUGCAGCCUCAGAAUCAGAAAUGUUAUACAAAACGACGGUAGGAAAUAUUUUGUCAGCUUUAACACAUCAGCUGGAGAACUGUUUCCAAAUAAGAAUGGGGUUGAGCUUAAGGUCACAGCGCUCCAGCUAAAGAUUAUUCCUGAUAGAGUUUUUGAAGGAGAUGAAGUGAAUUUCACAUGUGAAACCACCUGCAACCUGAGCAUGAAGCCAAAAUAUUUUGUCUGGACCAAUUCUUCCUAUAAUUAUUAUAAAUCCUCCUCAAACCUGCUCCGUCUGCCAUCAGUCAAUCAGAGUCAUGCUGGAAAUUACCGCUGUGCUGUAGAAGUACAAAAUUAUCUCUCUGCUCAAGUCAAACUUACUGUCAUGAAAAGACCACAAUCUAUGGAUGCAAAUACAGAAGUUUUGUAUCCAAGUCGCUUUUUGGUUGUUUUUGGAGUCGUCAUCUGUGGAGUCGCAGCUCUUCUUGGACUUUACUACACAAGCAGGAGGAAGAGGCAGAAGACGUCUAGUGAUGUAGCAAGCUCCUCACAGCAACAGAUUGUUGAGAAAGACUUGUACAUGACUCCGGACCCCAAUUUCAGGUCCUCCAAUGACAUGUACAACACACUUGGAAACAUUUACUCCAAUACUACUGAUGACACGUACACAGCUCUUGAUCUUCAGACCAGGUCCCAUGACGUGUAUGACACACUUGCGACGGUUCACCAGAGUUUUCCUGAUGACACUGACACAGCUCAAGAUUCUCAGACCAUCUCUCCGGAUUACGCCAAUCUACCAAUUGAAGGAAAGCAACAAUGAGAUGAACAUCGACACCAUGUCAAGAUCAGUAUUGAACUCAGUCUUUAACUAGUUUUAACCAAAAAAUCUGAGCACAUCACUCCAGUCCUCAGGUCCUUACACUGGCUUCCAGUUACAUUUAGAAUAGAUUUUAAAGUAUUGUUACUCGUUUAUAAAUCACUUCAUGGCUUAGGACCGAAAUACAUUACAGAAAUGCUAAUUGAAUAUAAACCAAGCAGACUACUCAGAUCAUUAGGAUCAGGUCAGUUAAAGAUACCAAGGGUUCACCAUUAACAUUUAGUUAUUACGCCACCUAUAACUGGAAUCAGCUUCCAGAAGAGAUCAGAUGUGCUUCAACAGUAGACACUUUUAAAUCUAGAUUAAAAACACAUCUGUUUAACUCUGUAUUUACUAAAUGAUCACUGUGCUGCUUCACAAUGACUGCACUUUUUAUCCAAAUCACUUUUACUCCUGUUUUAUUCUUUUUAACAUAUUUUAAACUGUUUUUAUCAAAAUCACAUUCAUUAUUUUUUUUAAUUGUUCUUUGUUUUUAUUAUAAUUUUAUUGUGUGUCUCUUAUUUUUACAUAGAUUUUUUUCUCUCUUAUAAACUGUUUUCUAAUUUCUAUGUAAAGCACUUUGAAUGACCUCUGUGUAUGAAAUCUGCUAUACAAAUAAAGUUGCCUUGCCUAGUUUUACUUUCUGAGCAUAAGAGCUUUGCAUUUCUGAGUAAUACGUUGUAUUUGUGUCUUAAUUCUCUGACAGAUAAAAACAGUGUGUGGGGAUUUGUAACUGUGCUGCAUUACACCUGUGUAUAAUUUUUCUACAUGUGAGCUACAUUGAUUUUUUUACCUGCUUAGCUAACACAAUGUAUUCAUGCUUGAAAUAAAAUGUUAUAUUCAUGAAAUACAAAAUAAACUGAAAAGUACAAACUUCA